AUGAUGCUGCAUUGCGAUGAUUUUCGUGCAAGAUUUCCGCAGGAGGUUUCAGUUAAAUGCUUUGCGGAUGCUGGGUUUUUCCUUGAAAGGAUAUAUCCGGAAAAAGGUCCCUUUGGUCUCUGUACGAUAGUCAUUCACCUCCAGAAUGUUAGAAAAGUGUUGCCCAAGGACUGCCUUGCCAACAAGGAGCCAACCGAGUGCUUCUUCCCGGCAGAGCUUAUUAAGAGCAUCCGCACCCCCAUGUUUAUUCUCAACCCUAGUUAUGAUUCAUGGCAGAUACGAAAUUUUCUUGUACCUGAUUCAUCUGCUCCUGACAAAUCAUGGUUGAGUUGCAAGGAAAAUAUCCGAAACUGCAAUUCUACACAAGUUGAAGUUCCAUCGAUAGGAUUGAGGAAUAAGAUGGUCAAUGACUUGAAGGUCGUCGAAGACAAGGAGGACUGGGGCAUGUUCAUCGAUUCAUGCUUCACGCACUGCCAAUCGCUCUCCGGCGUCUCUUGGCAUUCACCAACCUCCCCGAAGCUUGAAAACAAGACCAUUGCAGAAGCUGUUGGAGACUGGCACUCUGGAAGGAGCCAAGGAGCCAAAGAGAUUGACUGCAAGUAUCAGUGCAACCCAACAUGCAACAGUUUGCCGCCUCCACGGGAUGUUACUGCAUUCGACCGUGUCGAGAUCUACUAA